UCAGCGAAUAGCUGAGACUGAGUGUAUGCAACAAUCCGGUCUUUAUCGUGUAUUAUUUUAUCCGGCAUAAAUAAUAAUAAUAAUAGUAAUAAUAAUAAUAACAAUAAUAACAACAAAUAAUUAAUAAUACCAACAAGGUUUAUUUGUACAACUGCCUAUUAUUGUAGUGAUGCUUAAACGUGUCAUCGUUGUAACAACAAUUUAAUUAAAUAAAAAUAAAAAUAAAAAAAAAAACAUUGAGGUGACGCGUUGUCGAUUGUGCGUAAUGGCGGGUAAAUAAAAUAAUUUAAAUUUAAAUAAUAAAUAAAUAAUAAAAAUAGUGUGAGAUUUAAAAUAAAAAUUACGGAUAAGUGAUUAAAUAUCGAGAUAGAAAUGACGCGCCGGUGUGUUUAUCGCGUCGACGCAAACUUUAAUAUAUAGUGAAAUAAAUGUGUGUUAUUAUUUAUUAUUUUAUUAUUUAAAUAUUAUUAUUUUUAAAAUAAAUGAGCGACAACUAACCCGAGACUUGUGUUAUUGUGUGCACGUGUGCGUUAUGUGGAAGUGUGGAGUUGAAGCUCGAAAUAUUAUUUUAUGAUAACGCGUGGAUUUUUAUAAACAGCUGUACACAUAUAUAUAUAUAUUUAUAUUUAUAUAUAUUUGUGGGACAAACUAUCGUUGGAAUAUAUCAUACGGUGGACAUUGAAUUGACAAAACUAAAAAAAAAAAAAUAAUUUAUAAUUUGGCAAUGUGGCUCAGUGGCGAAACACGAGGAGGUGAUAAUUAUUUCUGACCUUGCGUUUGUUGGAUCCCGAAUAUAAGCUCGUGGAUUCCAUAAUAUUAUUGAUUGUAAAAUCAACUAAAUAUUAAACUAUAAGCAUAAUAAUUGCAUAAUAAAUCUUAGAAGCGUUACAAAUAAUCAUAAUAAUAUAUAUAUAAUAAUAACAAAAUACGAUUAAAAAAAAACAAAUCAUAGAAAAAUAAUUGCCGCGAUUAACUAUAAUAUCAACUAACAUAUAUAAUAUAUAAAUAUACAUUAUUAUAUAUACCUUCUACCUUGAGAUAAAAUACCUCGUACCUACAAGUACCUUCAAACAUCUACCUUUCACAGCGCAAUAGUGCCUGGGUCGCUAAAUUUAAAAAAAAAAAAAUAUAAAUAAUAAAUUAGCUUAAAUUGUUACAGAGAAAAAAUUUCAUUUAAAAAUAUUAAAUCUCAAUUCUGAUAUAAUCUGUUGCAUCUCUUUAUAUAAAAUAAUAAAUUUUUAAAAAAUUAAUUACGCGCAUUCAUGCGAUUGCGCGGUGUAAAUAUUUAAAUAAUUAAAGCUGAUAAUUUUAAGUGAAUUAAAUGAAUAAUAUUAAACUCUCCUCAAAACACUUAAUCAACCAGGACAGCCAAGUACCUGCAGACAAAUAUAUUUAUAAAAAUUUAAAACAAUACAUAAAUUAUUAAAACUAUUAAAUAAUAAUAAUUAUGAUAUAUUAAUGAUUAAAAAAAAAAUAGUGGCUAAAGUUGAUACUUAAUCCUUGAGGAUUUUUGUGAAAUUUGUGGACAUUGGUGUUAUUCUGCUGCUUCUAGUUCUACGGAUACUUUAAUGCAAAUUAUUUCGAUAAUAUUUCGCUGCAACAACUGAAGAUAAUUUAGUAUGUUGCAUCAGUUGAGAUUGCGGACACUCGUCAAGCUACGAUAAUUAUCACAAAAGACAUUGUAAUUCAACGCAAUAAUUGUCAGUGAUGAAUUACAUCGUAAGAAUGAGUGAAAUUGAGAAUUCAAGUUGAGUCGCGUCAGCGACGUCAACACAAAAAACACAAUAACUUAGCGUGACAGUGCGGAGACUAAUAGAUUCCAUAAAUCCAGUAUCCUAUUACCGGAUUAAAAUUAAAAAAAUAGAUCAUCUAGACCAGCAAGACGUCAAACCUAAACAGUCUUGUGCCUGGAAGUGGUCAGGCAUCUGACCACGGGGAAUUAAGUAAUCGAGCACAUGAUGGAAAAAGACGAGGUGGGAUCACUAGCCAGCGUCAUGUUUUUUACGCGUUAUUAUUAUUCUAGUCCAUAGUAAUUUUAAAAAUAAUCCGCGUAUUGACGUGAUAAUAUUAAAUAUUAUCAAAUACACAUAAUAUAAAAAAAAAUUGUAUGUGUUUAGGUAAAUUACAUGAUACCAUUGACGAAGUCUCGGUCAAUAUGCAUGGCGCUGCUAGUGGUUCUGGCUCGACAUCAGUUACCACAAAAAUUGAUCGCACAAGAGUUACGGUGACCAGCUUAGUGAACAGUAACGUGGCCGCAUCGCGGUAUCAUGAUUCUGUGGGUAACAAUAAUAACAAUAAUAAUACUAAUAACAAUAACAACAUCAACAUCAACGCAACAACAAAUAUCAACGAAAGCAGCCAUACCAUUAUUAAUAACAUCAACAACGUCAACAAUAACAUCAACAGCAAUAAUAACCUUAGUACAAACGGUAUGGGAACUGGUGACAUUGCAUUAGCACCAACGUCCAGAAUGAGUCCACCCACGAGUAUGGACACGUCUGAAGGUACGACCUUAAUAACAACCGGUGAACCAACGAUGGUAGCGCCGAUGGUUAAACCCGAAAGUCCUGAUAUAGCGGCAGGAACGUCUAUUGGUUCGACGGCAUCCUCAACCGUUAGUGGACACACUGUUGUUGGUCCUGGUGGUUCACUAUUUGCGGGCAUUGCCAAUAGCAAUAAGCGGCCGAGACCAGAUGACUGGCUAGCACCUAGCAGCCCUAAUUCGCCCCAAAAUCUUCCGGUACGGCAUCUUGUUUAUACCACGCCACAGCAACAACUUUGUCAUACGCCAACGCCGCAGCAGCAACAGCAGCAGCAGCAACAACAGCAGCAGCAACAGCAACAGCAGCAACCAACACCACCACCUCAAAAACAACAGGUGUUACAACAACAGCCGAGCAUGACACUGUCGACAUCCAUCAGCCAAACGGGACAACAGCCUAAUAAUAAUGGAUAUGUCAGUCCUAUGAGCUCGGGAAGUUAUGACCCUUAUAGUCCCAAUGGAAAAAUAGGGAGAGAUGACCUAUCGCCGCCGAGCUCGUUGAAUGGCUACAGUGCAGAUAGUUGUGAUGCUAAAAAGAAGAAAGGACCGACACCACGACAACAGGAAGAACUUUGUUUAGUUUGUGGUGACAGAGCGUCUGGUUAUCAUUACAAUGCACUGACGUGUGAGGGUUGUAAAGGUUUUUUUAGGCGAAGUAUUACUAAAAAUGCCGUUUAUCAGUGCAAAUAUGGUAAUAAUUGUGAAAUUGACAUGUAUAUGAGACGUAAAUGUCAGGAGUGUCGAUUAAAAAAAUGUCUGCAUGUUGGUAUGCGACCUGAAUGUGUUGUACCAGAGAAUCAAUGUGUUAUUAAACGUAAAGAGAAGAAAGCCCAAAAGGUAGGGGAAAAGGAUAAACCAAAUAGUACAACGAUGAAUGGCUCACCAGGUAGUUUAAAUAUUGAUCAAAUGGGUGUUAAAAUAGAACCUGCGGAAGCUGAAUGUUUAUCAAUGUCUGGCAGUAGUAUUGGAUUACCAUCAAGUUGGCCGAAUGGUGUAAAACCUGUUAGUCCUGAACAAGAAGAAUUAAUACGUAGUCUUGUUUACUUUCAAAGCGAAUACGAGCAUCCCAGUGAAGAAGAAAUACGAAAGAUCACGUAUCAACCGACAGAAAGUGAAGACCCCAGUGACAUCAGGUUCAGGCAUAUAACAGAAAUCACAAUAUUAACAGUACAAUUGAUAGUUGAAUUUGCAAAAAGGUUAACGGGUUUUGAUAAACUUCUACGAGAAGAUCAGAUUGCAUUAUUGAAAGCAUGUUCCAGUGAAGUUAUGAUGCUGAGAAUGGCGAGGAAGUAUGACGUUGAUAGUGACAGUAUCGUGUUUGCAAACAAUCAACCCUACACACGUGAGAGCUACAGUCUCGCUGGUAUGGGUGAAACUGUCGAAGAUCUAUUACGUUUCUGUCGGCAUAUGUACAAUAUGAAAGUUAAUAAUGCCGAGUAUGCUCUACUCACGGCCAUCGUUAUUUUUUCUGAUCGGCCGAAUUUAUUAGAAGCAUGGAAGGUGGAACAAAUUCAAGAAGUUUAUUUAGACGCAUUGAAAACUUACGUCGACAACCGACGUAAACCAAAGUCGGGUAUGAUAUUUGCAAAACUGCUGUCAGUUUUAACCGAGUUAAGGACACUCGGUAACCAAAACAGCGAAAUGUGUUUCAGUUUAAAACUGAAAAAUAAAAAGCUACCUCCCUUCCUUGCUGAGAUCUGGGACGUGAUGCCCUAGUUUAUUUUUACUCAUCGUCAGCCACCAAUGCUGCUACUACACUACAAGUCGUCGGCUCAGCAAAUUAUUCAAAAAAUUUGCUUUGCUAUUAAUAUCACUAUUAUUAAUUUUAUUAUUAUUGAUAAAAAAAAAAAAAACUAUAACUACUAUUACUACUAUUACUACUACUUUAAUUAUUAUUAUUAAUUAUUAAUUAUUAUUAAUAUUCAAUAGACGGCGGCGUGAGUGACUCUUUUACUAGUGCACCACUGUGUCACUGUCUCGUUAUUAAAUUUAUCAAUUAUUAUUUUAUAUUUUAUUAAUUAAUUAAUAUUAUAAUCAUGUCUUAAUAAUAUAUAUUUAUUGGAGUUAAUAACUUCAAUUAAUUAAUUAAAUAAAUAAAUAUAAUGAAGCAUAAUUUAAAUUAACACAUGAUUAUUAUGUUAAAUAAUUAUUUUUUAAAUGAUUAUUUAAAUAUUGAGACAGUGACUCAGGCACCCAGGCUGUGAUACAUAGAGACAGUUACAGAGACUAUAUAAAAAAAAAAUAAUUAAAAUAAAACUACACUUAAAUAAAUAUAUAUAUAUAAAUAUUUAUAAAGGAGACCGGGGUACUGUCAAAAAUUUGGUAAAAAAAAUUUUUUUACCUGAAAUUAUUUGUAAUUUUAAAUUACUUGACUCUGAGUAAGUAUGAAGUAUUUGGGGUAAAAUGGAACACGCAAAAAUGUAAAAAAAAAAUUAUUAUUUAAAUUAUAAAAAGUUUGUGAUUAGAUAGACCGUUAUACCCCGGUUUCUUUUAUUUAUAUAUAUAUAAUACAUAUAUUAAUAUAUCUCCUGGCUAUCCGUUAAUAUAUACAUAUAUGUGUAUAUAAUUGUAAAUCAUUUGUAUGAUGUACUGAUUAAGCGGUAAAGAGAUAUUAUAAAAAAAAAAAAAAAAAUAAAAUAAAAAAAAAAAAAACGCGGGAAUGAGUGAAGUAAAAUAAAAAAAAUUUUUUAAAUAAAUAGUAAAAUAAAAGAGAUGGAAAAUGAUGGAUUAAAAUCUUUUGUCAGUUACUGUUGAGCAGUGAUUGGUAAUACGGUUUUAAUUGAUUAAUGAUAUACAUAAUAUGAGAGUCUAUACCACAUAUAUUGCAUAAUAUAUAAUAAUAUAUUAUUGCCAGCAUGUGUAUGUUUUAUUGUGUUAAACGCAAUUACGGUUAAUGAUGGAUUAUAUAUAAUAAAUAUAAAUAUAUAUAAUUCAAAUAAGUUAAGAUGGAGAAAAAAAAUAAUAGAGUUAAAAUGUAUGAAUUUAAUUUUAGUAUGAAUGCCGUUUUAAUGCAUGAGAUUAAAUUGUUUUAUCAUCGAAUAGAAUUCGAAUUUUGAAUUUUUUUUUUUUGAGCUUUAAGUUUUUUUUUAAUUUAAACGACAACAGUCGACUAUGUCAUAAGCCUGGUCUGGGAACAGGGAAAAUUUUUUUUUAAAUUUCAGUCUUCCCACCGUGCGUUUAGUUUUGUUCUCGACUACUCGUUAUAAGCCUGUGUUUAUUUUAUAUAAUUUUAAACGUCAAAUUUACGUUUUGUCACAUGCGCCAGUGUCCCGAUUUUUCUAGUGCUUAUAGCGCUAAAAUAAAUACUUAUCUUUUUACACAAAUAAUAAUUGUAAUGUAAAAAAUAAUAAUGACAACGGUAUUAAUUACAAUAAUAAUAAUAAUAAUUGUUAUUGAUCAACAUAAUGCACAAUAAAACUUUUAAAUUGUAACAGAAGCUUUAAUUGUAAUUAAUCAUUACAAUUAUCGCCAAUAAAUAAUAUUUAACUUAAUAUUUAUAAAAUUAUUAUCCGCGAAAGAUCGAUAGUAAAUUUUCAUAAUUAAUUUAGAUAUUUUGUUGCUAUUGUUAGUUUAUAAUUUAUGGAAUUUUAACGGAGGCUUAUAACGGGAUGUCUGCUACGAAACUCAAAAAAGUGGUUAAGGUGGGCUGUUUGGACUCAGUACCUGCCGAUUGAGAGGAGAGAUUACAGACAGGCUUAUGAGGGAUAGUCGACUGUAUCUAAUUUUUUUUUAUAAUUUAAAAAAUUUUUUUUAAAUGGUAUUUUUAAAAUAAAGACAAGAUUUUUAAAAUUUUGAAUUUUAAUGAAUGUAGAUGUUGUAGAUAAAUGAUGUUGGAUUAUGACAGUAAAAUUAAAAAAAAAUGGUAAUAGAGUGUAAAAAAAUAAAGAGUUUGUAAUAGAUAAGUUUAAUAAGCGAGGCUAGAUGGUAUAACAAAAAAAAUAAAUGUAGAUUGUAGUAAAAAAAACUAUAAAAUAAAUAAAGUCAAGCUAGACUAGGUGACCGUGUCAAGUGCAAAGCCCUGUGCCUUCAGCAGCGGACCGGCUCACCGACAAACGAAUACAUGAAAAUUAACCGUCCGUUUUAAUUUUUUAAUGAAUAAAAUAAAAUAAAAUAAAUAAUUAAAAUAAAAUCAAUAAAUUCGUAUUGUAAAUUUCAAAGAUUCAUAAUAAUUAUUAUUAUUAAUUAGAGAGAACGAAAGAGAGAAAGGAAUGAAUAAUUAAAAAUUAUGUAGAUGGAAAAAUAAUAAUUAAUAAUGAUAUUAAUAAUAAUAAUAUAAAUAAUGACAGAUAAUUAAAAUCAGUGUGAUUUCUUGUCGUUAUGUGAUUGACAGCUCGAUUUUUUAUCAAUUGGUUAUUUGAAAAAAAAUAUAAAUGAUGUUUAAAUAAGGACGUGGAGUGAUGGAUGCGAUUGCCAAUGAGCGCGAACGGUUAAGUGAUACAACAACGGAUUGCAAUUAAUUAAUUAUUUUUUAAAUUAUAAUAAAUGAAGACGUAAUUUUAAAAAAGUAAAUAAAAAACGUUUGAAAGUAUCUGAUGCGACAGUUAAAUUCUCCAGACUUUUUAAAAUCGUAACAUGAUACGCUAAUAUAAAAAAAAAAUAAAAUAAAUAAAUAUAUUAACAACAGUCGAGAAAAUAAUUAAUAUUAAUUAUAAUAAUAAUAAUUAUAUCGCAAACAGCGUUCAUUUUUAAAUAUCGCGGCUGCUUCUUCGAUCAACUUAUAAUCAGGACAAUGAAUUUAAAUAUAUUAAUGUAUAUGUAUAUUAAAAACUAUCAAACUCUGUGUAAAAAAAAAAUUUUUUUAAAAAGUUCACUGAACUUCGAAAUUGAGAUUGUUUUUAAUUUUUGGAAUUUUGAAAAAGUGGAAAGUGAAAAUUUUUGACUGGUUUUUCCUGUGCAUUUUUUUGAUUGGACAAUUUUUUUAAAUUUAGAGAAAAUAAAAAAAAAAUGAUUUGAAAACUUUUUGAAUUUUUUUUAAGAACGAGGUCAGUUUUUUUAACUUUUUGAAUUUUUAAAAAAUACUCCAAAAAAUUAGUGAUUGAAAUUGUGAAUUAGAAAACUGUCAAUUCCAAAUUUUGUUUAAAAAUUAAAAAAAAAAAAAUUUUUAAUCCACAGAAAAAGUCUACACGAGUUUAAAAUUUUUCCCACUUCUAAUUAUUUUAAAAUUCCGUAAAUAUUCAAAAGUUCAAAAUUGUCUCAAUUUUUGAAAUUCACUCAGAAGCUUUUUUUAAAAAAACUUUUGCACAUGACGUCAUCACUAUUAGUGAUAUAUUAUAACUAUACAUGAUUAAAAAAAAAGAAAAUAAAAAAAAAAAAAAAAAAAUAUUGAAAAUCAUGUUCGAGAAAAUAAACAUUAGAAAUUCUCGUUUAUUGUAAUCCAUGUAUGCUAUUUAAAAAAAAAAAAAAAAAGAAAAAAAAAUGCAAUUGUAAUUCGUAGAUAAUCAUGCGCAAUAUAAACGUCAUCAAUAAAAAUCGUAUUUACUGUCCGUGGUAAUCUUUUUGAACGUGUGAAAGAGAAUGCGUUACCUAAAAAUAAAAUAUAAUUCCAAAUUUUAAAAAAUAGUUUAACGUGUUAAUGUGGCAUGUCAUAAAAUUUUGGUAUUUAUAAAAAAAAAAUAAAAAAUUAAGUAGUUGACUAUUCCAGUAAAUAAAUAAAAACGUUUCAGUAUAAUGUUCGAUUAUAAAAAUAAAUAAAUAAAUGGAAACGUUUGUUGAUAUUUACUGGAAAAAAAAAAAUAAUAAUUAAUAUUUAAUUUUAAUUAAUAAUAAACUUUAUUUUGAAGGUUUACCUUGUAGAUAAAAAUACAUAUAGGUAAAAUUACCUUGUAUAAUUAAUUAUUUAUAUAAUAAUUAAAUUUGUGGUUUAUAAUUUUUACUACGUAACGCCGUAAGGCAGACACUGCCACAACGCAGAACGCGAGAACACCACGACAACGCUGUCAAUGCGAAAAAAAGGUUGAGGAAAUAAAAUUUUAAAAAACUAAAUAAAUAAAAUGAAACUGAUUACAGUUAAAAAAAAAAAAUAAAUAUAAAUAAAAAUAAAAAUGAAAUAUUAAUGAAUGCAUGAAGAAACAUAAUAUAUGUAUAUAUAUUAAGAAAAUAAUAAUAUUAAAUAUACAUAUAUAUAUAACGGAUAAACAUCAUAUACAAUCACGAUCAUAAAAAUUUCACCGCCGUUGUACCUCAUUAAAUAUCGUAGAUAAAUUUUAGAUCAAAUAGACCGUAUAUAUAAUAAUGCGCAUUAACAUUUCCCAUCGCACACGUCUAUCAAAUGCCAUAUUAAUUAAAAACAUUCAUUAAAUAAUUAAAUUUAUAAAUUGUAAACGAUUAUGCGAUUGCCUAGCUCCAUCUCGCUUGAGCCGCGAGGUUAAUUUUUUAAAUCAAAUCCUUGUCUCUCCCCUCAUUCAUUUCUUAAGAAUAAUUAAAUGACUGAAAUUUUACUCGAAAUAAAAUUGAAGCGUUGAUUAGAAAAAGGAAAACGUGAGUCAAAUUUUGUUGUGUAGUUUUUUUUUUAAAAUAAGACAUCAUUUUGAAAUUAAAGUAAAUUUACUCAGAUUUUGAAUUUUAAAUUAUUAAUUUCAAAAAAAGUUCAGGGGUAAUUUUUUUGGG